AUGAGUAUGACCUAUGUCUGUCUAUGCCUAUUGUAUAUUCUAAUCAUCACUGCUCAAAAAGAUGAUUUAUUGCUUAAUGGAUCGAAAUUUCCAUCGUCUAUCUAUGUACCAAUUGAUGAAUCUUAUUUAUUGAAAUGUAAUUCAGAGAAUAUUGUCCAUUGGAAAUUGUAUUUGAAUAAUGGAAGAAUUGAGUUUGUAAAUGAUAAACUAAUUCGUUUAGAAGAAUUUAAUAAAAACCGUGAUGGAUUUUAUCAAUGUUACACAAAUGAUGAAUCAUCACAGCCACGUGGUGUUUUUAUUUUUUCUAAUGGUGCACGCUCGAUCGACCGUACUUGGACAAAAUUAACAGAAUUUCAUGAAAAUCUAGUAACUAGUUGUCGACCUAGUCAUUUUAAUUAUGGCUUUAACGAACAAUUCAUUGAAUUAAUCGAUACUAAACAGACCAUUCGUUAUAAUCGUAGUGCUCUAUUGAUUAAACAUAUUCGAAGUACUACACAUCUUUUUUGUAAAUUAUAUAUGGAUACCACCUGUGUUGGUGUACGUGUACAAACAUUAAUUGGAAAAAAUCUUGAUAGUCCACUUUUAUCAGAUGAAUAUUUAAAAACCAAUGAUUAUAUCUCAAUGAAUACAAAUGAACGUGAUACGCAUCGUAUCGCUUUUGAGGGUGAUUCUGUCUAUUUUCAUUGCCCAUCAAAUGAGUCAUCAUCUAUUCAAUGGAAUUUUCUUUCGGCUAAUUAUUACUCAAUGAUAACGCUUGCAGUCUUGUAUGAUCAAGAUACUAAAAUUCAAUCAGUAACUAGAGCUGACGCCGGACUCUAUACAUGUCAAACAGAGAACACUAUUUAUCAACGAAUCAUUAAGCUUGAAGAUCCUCCUAAACCGCCUGAUAACAUUUACGAGCGUACAUAUAAUGCUAAUUUGUAUUCGAAAUAUCUGAUUUGCUGUAAUUUGGAUGCUAUUCCUUAUCCAACCUAUUCAUGGUCAAUGAUUACUGAAUUUCAAAAUACAUCUUUUGUUUGGUGUUCUAAACGUUGUUGUUGGUUACACAUUAUCUAUAGGAGCUAUCAAAAUGUUAUUUGUACAUCAACUAAUCAAAUUGGAAUGGCGAAAUAUAGCAUCCAUUUAAAUGUGCAAGAGACUGAUUCCCAUUCUACAAUUGUUUAUGAUGAAACAGAAUUUCAUACUGAUACGAAUAAAUCUACAGUUAUUAGAAACACAACAGAAUAUCAAUCAAUUGUAACUAUGGAAGAAAAGACCCACAUCUCCGAAGAGAAAACAACUAUUACAAUAAAUGAUAAAGCUGAAACAGCAACGGCUUUCUUAGACUAUGUAUUGUCUUCGUCCCAUGAUUCUGAUAUAAAUACAACUGACAAAACUCUAAAUAAAGUAAUUCCAUGA